UAUCUGUUAGAGUCGGUCGAUUCGAGUAGGGCACGGGUUUAGGGUUCCCUGUUCGAAGGAGGCGAACCAGCUGCGACCGCGAAGGCAUUUCAAGCCCUAGACGUCUGCCGGCGUCAACGUGCUCCAGCCAUGGCCCAUCUCGGUGGUGGUGCUGAGGCUCAUGCCCGGUUCAAGCAGUACGAGUACCGUGCCAAUUCGAGCCUCGUGCUGACCACCGACUCACGACCUCGAGACACCCAUGAACCCACCGGAGAACCCGAGUCCCUGUGGGGGAAGAUUGAUCCCAAGAGUUUCGGGGAUCGUGCUUCCCGUGGCAAGCCCCCUGAGCUCGAAGAGAAGCUCAAGAAGUCGAAGAAAAAGAAGGAGCGGGAGCCGGCACUCGAGCCGGAGCAAAAGAAGGACAGCAAGCGCCGUCGGCUACAGGACGAGAGCGUGCUUUCCCUCACGGACGAUGCCGUGUACCAACCGAAAACCAAGGAGACUCGUGCAGCUUAUGAGGCGCUGCUCAGCGUGAUCCAACUGCAGUUUGGCGGGCAGCCUCAGGAUAUUCUCAGUGGGGCGGCAGAUGAAGUCUUGGCGGUUUUGAAGAAUGAAAAGAUAAAAAAUCCAGACAAGAAGAAGGAGAUCGAGAAGCUCUUGAACCAAAUAUCCAACCAGGUGUUUGAUCAACUUGUCUCCAUUGGUAGAUUGAUUACGGAUUACCAGGAUGGAAGCUUGGCUGAUUCAGCCAUCGCAGAUGGUAAAGAUGAGGCACUUGAUGAUACUGGCGUGGCUGUUGAAUUCGAAGAGGAUGAGGAGGAAGAGGAAAGUGAUUUUGAUCAGGUACAAGAGGAAUCAGAAGAUGAUGAUGAUGUCCAGGAACAAAAUGCUGGUGCUAUGCAGAUGGGUGGGAUUGAUGAUGAGGACAUUGAAGAAACUAAUGAGGGUUUAACAAUUAAUGUCCAAGACAUUGAUGCUUACUGGCUUCAGAGGAAGAUAUCUCAAGCUUAUGAAGAUAUAGAUCCACAACAAAGUCAGAAGUUUGCUGAAGAAGUGCUGAAAAUACUUGCUGAAGGUGAUGAUAGGGAUGUUGAGAAUCGGCUUGUAAUGCUGCUGGACUAUGACAAGUUUCAGCUUAUUAAGUUGUUGCUUCGGAAUCGGCUCAAGAUAGUCUGGUGUACUCGGUUGGCUAGGGCUGAGGAUCAAGACCAGCGAAAGAAAAUUGAGGAAGAAAUGGAAAAUACAGGCCCCAGCCUAGCCACAAUCUUGGAGCAGCUGCAUGCCACUAGAGCAUCAGCAAAGGAGCGCCAAAAGAACUUGGAGAAGAGUAUAAGAGAGGAAGCUAGGCGAUUGAAAGAUGAACAUGGUGGUGGAGAGGGUGAUCGAGAUCGGAGGGCUGUUGAGACAGUGCAUUCCACAGACAGUGGGUGGUUGAAGGGGCAAAGGCAGUUGCUUGACCUUGAUAACAUUGCAUUCAAUCAGGGUGGUCUUUUGAUGGCAAACAGGAAGUGUGAACUUCCUCCUGGUUCAUAUAGAACUCCCCACAAGGGCUAUGAGGAAGUUCAUGUGCCUGCGCUAAAACAAAAGUCAUUUGCUCCUGGAGAGGAACUUGUAAAGAUAUCAGACUUGCCUGGUUGGGCACAGCCUGCAUUUGAAGGGAUGAAACAGCUGAAUAGAGUCCAAAGUAAGGUGUAUCAAACUUCUCUUUUUACACCUGAAAAUAUACUUCUGUGUGCGCCUACUGGAGCUGGGAAAACAAAUGUUGCUAUGCUCACCAUUUUACAGCAGCUCGGCUUAAAUAUGAAGGAUGGGAUCUUAGACACUAGCAAGUUCAAGAUUGUUUAUGUUGCCCCAAUGAAAGCUUUGGUUGCUGAAGUUGUUGGUAACUUGUCACAUCGUUUAAAAUCUUUUAAUAUUGUUGUGAAGGAACUUAGUGGAGAUCAAAACCUCACACGCCAACAGAUUGAAGAAACUCAGAUUAUUGUUACCACACCAGAGAAGUGGGAUAUUGUCACAAGAAAAUCUGGAGAUAGAACCUAUACACAACUUGUAAAGCUACUCAUAAUCGAUGAGAUUCAUCUUCUGCAUGAUAAUCGAGGUCCUGUUCUAGAAAGUAUUGUUGCAAGGACAGUAAGACAGAUUGAAACGACAAAGGAAUUAAUUAGAUUGGUUGGUUUAUCAGCUACUCUCCCAAAUUACGAAGAUGUGGCAUUGUUUUUACGUGUUCAUCCAUCAAAAGGACUUUUCCAUUUUGACAAUAGUUACAGGCCUUGUCCUCUCGCACAACAAUAUAUUGGCAUCACGAUCAAGAAACCGUUGCAACGUUUUCAAUUGAUGAAUGAAAUAUGUUAUGAAAAGGUUAUGGCUGCAGCAGGAAAGCAUCAAGUGCUUAUCUUUGUUCAUUCAAGGAAGGAAACAGCCAAAACUGCUCGUGCGAUACGUGAUACUGCCUUGGCUAAUGACACAGUAAGCCGCUUCUUAAAGGAUGACAGUGCAAGCCGUGAAAUUCUUAACAGCCAAACUGAAUUUGUCAAGAGCAUUGAUCUUAAAGAUCUCCUGCCAUACGGAUUUGCUAUUCAUCAUGCAGGUAUGGCAAGAGUUGAUCGAGAUCUUGUUGAGGAGCUCUUUGCCGAUGGCCAUGUACAGGUGUUGGUUUCUACUGCUACUCUUGCUUGGGGUGUCAAUCUGCCAGCACACACAGUCAUCAUAAAAGGCACACAGAUAUAUAACCCUGAAAAAGGAGCUUGGACUGAACUAAGUCCAUUGGAUGUCAUGCAGAUGCUUGGUCGUGCAGGAAGGCCUCAGUAUGACUCUUAUGGAGAAGGUAUUAUCUUAACUGGCCACAGUGAACUACAGUAUUAUCUCUCCCUGAUGAACCAACAAUUGCCCAUUGAGAGUCAGUUUGUAUCCAAAUUGGCUGAUCAGUUAAAUGCAGAGAUAGUUUUGGGAACAGUUCAAAAUGCCAGAGAAGCAUGUACCUGGAUAGGGUAUACUUACCUUUACAUUCGGAUGCUUAGAAACCCAACUUUGUAUGGUUUGCCAGCUGAUAUCCUUGAUAAAGACAAAACAUUAGAGGAAAGAAGAGCUGAUCUGAUUCACACUGCUGCAAACAUAUUGGACAAAAACAAUUUAGUCAAAUACGACAGGAAGAGUGGGUAUUUCCAAGUCACAGAUCUGGGAAGAAUUGCAAGUUAUUAUUACAUCACUCACGGGACUAUCUCCACAUAUAAUGAGUACUUAAAGCCAACAAUGGGUGAUAUAGAGCUUUUCCGAUUAUUCUCUCUUAGUGAAGAAUUCAAAUAUGUAACUGUUCGCCAAGAUGAGAAGAUGGAAUUGGCAAAACUCUUGGACCGUGUGCCUGUUCCUGUGAAGGAAAGCUUGGAGGAACCUAGUGCAAAAAUCAACGUUCUCUUGCAAGCAUAUAUAUCACAAUUGAAACUUGAGGGACUUUCCUUGACAUCUGAUAUGGUUUUUAUUCAACAGAGUGCAGGUCGACUCAUAAGAUCACUGUUUGAGAUCGUCUUAAAAAGGGGUUGGGCUUAUUUAACUGAAAAAGCUCUUAAUCUUUGCAAGAUGGUCGACAAGCGUAUGUGGAGUGUUCAAACUCCUCUGAGGCAGUUCACUGGUAUACCCAAUGAAAUUCUGAUGAAACUAGAAAAGAAGGAUUUGUCCUGGGAAAGGUAUUAUGAUCUCUCAUCCCAGGAGAUUGGGGAGUUGAUUCGUUUCCCUAAAAUGGGUCGGCAGCUUCACAGAUGCAUACACCAAUUGCCAAAAUUGAAUCUUUUGGCACAUGUUCAACCGAUCACACGUACUGUCCUGAGUUUUGAAUUGACUGUGACACCUGAUUUUCAGUGGGAUGAUGCUGUUCAUGGGUAUGUGGAACCGUUUUGGGUUAUUGUCGAGGAUAAUGAUGGUGAGUAUAUCCUUCAUCAUGAAUAUUUCAUGCUUAAGAAGCAAUACAUAGAUGAAGAUCAUAUCCUGAACUUCACUGUUCCCAUUUAUGAGCCGCUGCCACCUCAAUAUUUCAUUCGUGUAGUAUCAGAUAAGUGGCUUGGUUCUCAAACAGUUUUGCCUGUCUGUUUCAGACACCUAAUUCUACCAGAGAAGUACCCCCCAGCGACUGAGUUAUUGGAUUUGCAGCCUCUACCAGUCACUGCUUUAAGGAAUCCUGCAUAUGAAGCUCUUUAUGAUGCAUUCAAGCAUUUCAAUCCCAUCCAAACACAGGUGUUUACUGUUCUGUACAAUACUGAUGACAAUGUUUUGGUUGCUGCCCCUACAGGCAGUGGGAAAACUAUAUGUGGCGAGAUUGCGUUGCUCCGAAAUCAUCAGAAAGGGCCUGAUAGCAUUAUGAGAGCUGUGUAUAUUGCUCCUAUUGAGGCUGUUGCGAAAGAAAGGUAUCGUGAUUGGGAAGAGAAAUUUGGAAAGCAUUUAGGAAUUCGUGUAGUGGAGUUGACUGGAGAGACUGCUACUGACUUGAAGCUGCUUGAUAAAGGACAGAUCAUAAUCAGUACUCCAGAGAAAUGGGAUGCACUCUCUCGCAGAUGGAAGCAACGUAAGCAAGUACAGCAAGUUAGCCUCUUCAUUGUAGAUGAGCUUCAUUUAAUUGGUGGAGAAAUGGGACCCAUCUUGGAAAUUAUCAUCUCUAGGAUGAGACGUAUUGCUAGUCACAUUGGUAGCAACAUUCGAAUUGUAGCACUUUCAGCAUCCCUUGCGAAUGCUAAAGAUGUUGGUGAAUGGAUAGGUGCUACUUCUCAUGGCUUGUUCAAUUUUCCACCUGGUGUUCGUCCUGUUCCUUUAGAGAUACAUAUUCAAGGUGUGGACAUAUCGAACUUUGAGGCAAGAAUGCAGGCAAUGACCAAACCUACAUACACUGCUAUUGUUCAACACUCGAAGAAUGGAAAACCAGCCCUGGUAUUUGUACCCACCAGGAAGCAUACAAGGCUGACUGCAUUAGACCUGUGUACUUACUCAAGCGCUGACAGUGGAGAAAAGCCUGCCUUUCUUCUUGGUUCAGAGGAAGAGAUGGAAACUUUCAUAUCAGGGAUCAAGGAAGAUACCCUAAAAAGGACUCUCCCUCUCGGUGUGGGUUACUUGCAUGAAGGCCUUAGUGACUUUGAUCAAGAAGUUGUAAAGCAAUUGUUUCUUGGUGGAAGAAUUCAAGUGUGUGUUGCCACCAGUUCAAUGUGCUGGGGUCAGUCAUUGCCAGCCCACUUGGUGGUAGUGAUGGGUACUCAAUUUUAUGAUGGACGAGAGAAUGCUCAUACUGACUAUCCGAUCACUGAUCUGCUGCAGAUGAUGGGUCAUGCCAGCAGACCUAUGAAAGAUAAUUCUGGUAUAUGUGUCAUCUUAUGCCAUGCUCCUAGGAAAGAGUAUUAUAAAAAGUUCCUUUUUGAGGCCAUCCCAGUAGAGAGCCAUUUGCAUCAUUUCCUGCAUGAUCAUAUGAAUGCUGAAGUAGUAGUUGGGGUUAUAGAGAAUAAGCAAGAUGCUGUUGAUUAUCUUACUUGGACCUUCAUGUACAGGAGGCUCACUAAGAAUCCGAACUACUAUAAUCUGCAGGGUGUCAGUCAUAGGCAUCUCUCUGAUCACCUUUCUGAACUCGUAGAGAAUGUUCUGAGUGACUUAGAAGCAAGCAGAUGUGUUGCCAUCGAGGAGGAUAUGUACCUUAAACCCCUGAAUCUUGGCUUAAUUGCUUCAUAUUAUUACAUCAGUUACACCACUAUUGAACGAUUCAGUUCCUCCAUAACUUCUAAAACUAAGAUGAAAGGUCUCCUGGAUAUCUUGGCAUCAGCUACAGAGUAUGCACAGCUUCCCAUUAGACCUGGUGAGGAAGAAUUGAUUAGAAAGUUGAUCAACCAUCAGAAGUUUUCCUUUGAGAACCCCAAAUGCACUGAUCCUCAUGUUAAAGCAAAUGCUCUACUGCAAGCUCACUUCUCACGACACACAGUGGUAGGGAACCUUGCAGCAGACCAGCGAGAAGUUCUCCUUUCUGCUCAUAGAUUGCUUCAAGCUAUGGUUGAUGUUAUAUCAAGCAAUGGAUGGCUAAGCCUUGCCCUUUCUGCAAUGGAUUUGAGUCAAAUGGUCACCCAGGGCAUGUGGGAUCGGGAUUCCACACUUUUUCAAAUUCCUCAUUUCACUAAGGAGUUGGUUAAGAGAUGCCAAGAAAACCCAGGGAGGAGUAUUGAUUCUGUUGUUGAUCUGUUAGAAAUGGAAGAUGAUCGAAGGCACGAGUUGCUGCAAAUGUCAGAUUCCCAGUUGCUUGAUAUUGCUCGAUUCUGCAACCGUUAUCCUAAUAUUGACAUGGCAUAUGAAGUACUGGAGGGUGAAGAUAUUAGUCCUGGGGAAAAUGUGACAAUGCAGGUUAUGCUGGAACGUGAUCACGAAGGACGUGCUGAUAUUGGACCUGUUGAUGCUCCAAGGUAUCCCAAGCCAAAAGAAGAAGGAUGGUGGCUCGUAGUUGGUGAUACCUCAACCAAUCAGUUGUUGGCCAUCAAAAGAGUAGCAUUGCAAAGAAAGAUAAAAGUCAAGCUCGUCUUCACUGCUCCUUCGGAGGUUGGGGAGAAGAACUUUACCAUCUACUUCGUCUCUGAUUCCUAUCUGGGCUGCGAUCAGGAGUACAAGUUUGCAAUUAAUGUCAAAGAAGCUGGAGAUGGAAAUGCUAGUGACUGAGGCGCUUGUGGAACUCUGAUGAAGCUGCCGUUACAAUUUUAGGGAUCCCUAUUUGAAUCUAUGGAGCUCCUCUGCAUACGUAAGAAGGUGGCUACAUCCCUUAUAACAGGAAAACUUGCAUCUUGAAUGAAGUAGAGGUAGCAUUGAUCCCGAAGCAGAUAUUUCAGACUUGAAAUUUGAUGCUUGAUAUUCCAAAUUGCAGUAUUUAGGCCUUCCAAGUUCUAGUGUUUCUGUUUGGAACAUUAAGAUGGAGUUAUAUAUAUAUUUUAAGUUUUGAAAAGUA